GAGCACCACGUAGGCUGUUUCUUAGUAUAUGCCACGUGUCCCUCAAUUCAACUCUAUCAUAUUAUUCAUAUAUAAAUAUAUUCAAUUAUUCAUCCUUCAAUAUUUGUAUUCGGUUCUUUCAAUAUCUAGUGUUGUGUCAAUGGGAGCAGCUGGCUAUAUCUUUCUUCUCAAUGCUACCUUUUCAAAAACAAAAAUGUCCCUAAUCAGGCCCUUAACCCCAUGUCUCUAUAAUCCCAUCAUCAAGAAAUACAACCAAGCAAGCAAAGGCUAUGAGGAUAGGCAUGAAAGUGGUACACAAGAAAGAGCGCCUUCAACAGCAGAGGUAAUAGAUAAGAUGGCUGAGGAGAAGCUCCGGGAGGCUGACCAUCAAGCCUUUGAUGAUAAGAUAUUUGAUGGAGCUGAAAAGGCCACUUUGGGGGAACCUAAGCUUGACUCUGCCAAGAACACAUACAAAGACAAGGAGCAUCAACCUGGUGCUGACUACCGCAGAAGAGGGGAUGAUCAUGAUGAUCAUUAAUCACUACAACUUUUCACUUUUACUUGAAUCAAUACUUGGCUGCCAUACUAUUUCACCAGAUAAAACAAUGUCAUAAAUGGUUACAUAAUUAACUUUAUGUUAAAUAAGAAGUGUUUCCCAACUUCCAUUGAUAUAUUGGGGCUGUGAUUUGUAUUGUAUCUUAAUUUGUGAUUGUAAGAACAAGUUUAUAAGUAAAGCACAUGAAAAUCUUAGACUUAUCCAGUGUAUCCUAUGUUCAUCAUGGUCAUAGUUGUGGGAAAAACCUGCUUUGAUGACAUGGUCAAAAUUAUGUUGGAAGUAAUGGGUUCAUCACAAGUGUAGUUACUGCGACCCCCCAACACUUGAAGUACAAGUAAUCACUUAUCAGGACUCGAUUUAGGGAGUCUGUCUUCUUAUCACAUGGCUUCAUUGUUUAUUAAUGUUGCAUAACAAAAUGUUCAGGUUCAAUCAGAGAACGCCUUAUAACAGAUCAAGAUUUUUUUUUUCAAACGAAAAAAAAAAUACAAGGAGAAAACAACCAAAUAAUACAAUUUCAAAUAACGAAACAACCAAGUAACAGAUGCAUUUUACAGAAGAAAAAAGAGAAGCACUGGCAAAGAUUGAACUCCUUAGCCAAUAACAAGAUUUCAUGGAUUAGACAAAGCUGGGAAAGACGUUAACAUAACUGCAUGAAGAUAGUUCCUGCAGGACAAUAGUUCAAUUAAGAACUUAA